AGAAAUGUCAAAAUGGCGUCAACGCAGGACGCUUGGUAUAUAUCUUUACUUGGUUUAGCAGAACAUUUCCGAACAUCUAAUCCUCCUGACAUAAAAAGUUGUAUCCAGUGCCUACAAGCUGUAUUUAAUUUUAAACCGCCCCAAAGGGUCGAAGCCCGAACUCAUUUACAACUUGGAAAUAUCCUUUUGACACACACUAAAAACAUCGACUUGGCGAGGACGCAUUUAGAGCAGAGUUGGUGCCUCUCUCAGACUAUCAAUGGGUUCGAUGACGUUAAGUUUGAGGCGGCGAGUGUGCUGGCAGAGCUGUUCGAGCAGCAGGGCCAGCCCACUCACUCCAAACCCAUUCUUCGCAAGGCAAUUGAGUUAUCACAACACAGUGUUUACUGGCACUGCAGGCUAAUAUUCCAACUGGCACAAAUCCACGCAACGGAAAGAGAGUAUGAAGUGGCCAGCAGUCUCCUGGGCGUGGGAGUGGACUAUGCUCAGAUCUCCAAUGCGGCAUACACAAGGGUACUGUUCCUGCUCAGUAGGGUAAUGCUACUGUUAAUAGAUAAGAAAAUCCAAGAAGUUUUACCACUGCUGAACCAGGCGGGCCACUUAGUAGACUCCUGGACAGGGAGUCCACACCAGAAAGAGUACCUUAAAGUCUUCUUCUUGGUCCUACAAGUAUGCCACUACUUAAUGGCAGGACAAGUGAAGAGCGUGAAACCCUGCUUGAAACAGCUUCAGCAGAGCAUUCAGACAAUUAUGGCCCCUUCAUGGCCUGAUGAUGACACGGUAUGCGGCACAGCGCCGGGCGAAUCCUUCGUCUGGCUGUCGCGGCAGCAGCUCUACGUGCUAGUGUACUUAGUGACUGUGAUGCACUCAGCGCAGGCCGGGUACAUGGACAAGGCCCACAAGUACACCGAGAAGGCUCUGGCGCAGAUCGACAAGCUUACUGCGGGCGGUUUCUCCGACUCAGUGACGCUAGUUGGCGCAAGGACCGGCGCCGCGCUAGCCUGGCGUCUCCGCAUGGCGUUAGUAGAACACGCGGCGCUAUGUCGACUCGUUUGCGGCGGCAAAGCACAUGCGUUACAUGAGAUAGCUCGCGCCGCGCACCUGUUGACUAUCGCGCCCUCUGCGGCCAGCGCGGCAGCGCACACGCCGCAGCUGCACUGCCUGCUCGGCCUCUACGCCAUGUCCAUGAACUGCAUGGAGGCCGCCGAGGCGCAAUUCCUCACCGCCAUCCAUAUGUCACAAGAGAGAGACUUAUGGAUGUUCGCGAAACUUAACCUGGCCAUUGUAUACUUACGGGGGAGGCGGGAUAACGACCUGGCGCAGCUAAUGGAACAGGUUCGACCAGAGGCGUUGCCGGCUUACGCGCACGGGCUACGCGCUGCCUCCUACUACGUUCUAGGGCUGCAGGCCUUCUUCCAGGCGCGGUAUAACGAGGCCAAACGGUACCUCCGGGAAACACUCAAAAUGGCGAACGCCGAGGACCUAAACAGGCUAACAUCCUGCUCGCUCGUGUUACUCGGGCACAUCUUUCUGUCCAUCAACAACUCGCGCGAGUCCAUGAACAUGGUGACGCCGGCCAUGCAGCUCGCCAGCAAGAUCCCUGACGUGCACGUGCAGCUCUGGGCCUCGGCCAUACUCAAGGACCUAUACCGGCUAGCCGGCGACACGGAGCGCGAGAACGAAGCGUACCAAAUGCACUGCAACUUCUCCCAGUCCCUGCUGAAGGACCACUUCCAGGCCACGCAGCUGCCGCAGCACGCCCUCGUGCACUGGACGCAGGGGCCCCCGCCGGCGUUACCCCCGCCACCCGCCUCUUCUAACCCCACGUAGGACAGGUAAUGUGGCGGGGCAGCAUACCCUGUGGGUAAGCCGGACCACAACAUAUUUUAUCUAGGUAAGGUGCUGAAUGCUGAAUUAUCUCAAGUAAGAAGGAUUCGACUGCUAUGGACGCCUCUCCACUGCUCGCUAUAUAACGCCAACGCAGAAUUGUAAAACUCGAAAACUCGGAAAACUCUAGCUUCGCUCGAAAUUCCCAUCAAAAAUUCGAAGCAGAUGUAGUAACUUUUGCUACGCUUUAGAGCCUGACACUCCAGGCAAGCAUGGUCGCGUGAUAAACGAUAUUACGUCAGGCCCUCCUUUCCGCACUAUUUGUAAGUGCGAUAAGGAUGCACCUGUGCGAUAAAGUUAAUCCAACUAGUGUGCUACGCCCGCAGAUCCGCAAGAUGACAACCAAAAGCUACUAAAACAAUAUCAAACCGUAUAUCUACUGAAUAAACAAGAAUAUAAGUUUGAUUUCUGUCUAGCAUUUUUUGGUUGCCAAUUUGUGUAAGUCCCGUGGGCUAUUUCAUCAUUAGAGAGCGGAUUUCAGGUAGCUAUUUAAAUAUUAAUAUAGAUAUUACACAAAAAAAAUAUCGGAUCGUAAAAGUAAAACCCUUUUUGGUUGCUUUUGUGCCCACCACAUGACACGUAUUUAAAAAAAUUGCACCAGUCAUAUCCAUAUUAACAAAGAGAAUCGAGUAUUAUAGAGAGUUACUGUCGAAGUAAAAUGUGU